UUUAAUAAAACAGGGCAGAGCUUCAGGCUUAGAGGCAGGUGCUGUCCCGCAGCCUGCCGGGCUGCGUCCUUCUUCCAACCUGAGCCCGCCGGGGAGGUGAGAGGCUGCUGGGGCUGCGAGAAGCGCCGUCGUCCCCCCCGGCCGCUCGCCUUUGGCUUGGGGCACACACGGGAAAGACCAUGGAGAAGAAGCUGCUGCUGGUGGUGCUGGUGGUGGUGGUCCCAGGGGGGCCGGCCUGGGCCGCGAAGGAGAAGUGUCUCACCAAGAAGUACACCGCCAGCGGGGAGUGCUGCAAAGCCUGCAACCUGGGAGAAGGGGUAGCGCAGCCCUGUGGGGUGAAUCAGACGGUCUGUGAGCCAUGCCUGGACAGCGUGACCUACUCGGACACCGUCAGCGCCACGGAGGCGUGCAAGCCGUGCACAGAGUGCGUGGGCCUGCAGAGCAUGUCGGCUCCCUGCGUGGAGUCGGACGACGCCGUCUGCAAAUGCAUCUACGGCUACUACCAGGACGAGGGGAGCGGCCAAUGCAAGGAAUGUGACAUCUGCGAGGUGGGCUACGGCCUGAUGUUCCCGUGCGGGUACACUCAGAACACCGUCUGUGAGAAGUGCCCCGACGGGACCUUCUCCGACGAAGCCAACCACAUGGACCCCUGCUUGCCCUGCACCAUCUGUGAGGAGAACGAGGUCUUGAUCAAGGAGUGCACCCCGGUAUCCGAUGCCGAGUGCAGAGAUCUUCACCCGCGCUGGACGGCUCGGACCCCAACCCUGAUGGGGUCUGACAGCCCCAUGCCUUUCACCAAAGACCCGUACGAUACCGAAGGCCUCGCCAGCACCCUCGCAGAUACAGUCACCACCGUCCUGGGUAGCUCCCAGCCAGUCGUGAGCCGCGGCACUGCCGAUAACCUCAUCCCUGUCUACUGCUCCAUCCUGGCAGCCGUGGUGGUGGGGCUAAUAGCCUACAUUGCUUUCAAAAGGUGGAACAGCUGCAAACAGAACAAACAGGGCGCCAACAACCGCCCUGUCAACCAGACCCCCUCUCCGGAAGGAGAGAAGCUUCACAGCGACAGCGGGAUCUCCGUGGACAGCCAGAGCCUUCACGACCAACAGCCACCAACACAGACCGCACAGGUGCAGGCUCUGAAAGGAGACGGGAACCUCUACACCAGCCUGCCGCCUAACAAGCAAGAGGAGGUGGAGAAGUUGCUGAACAGCUCCCCGGAGGACACCUGGCGUCACCUGGCGGGGGAGCUGGGCUACAAGGAGGAUCACAUAGACUCCUUCACGCAGGAGGAGUGCCCUGUCCGGGCCCUGCUCUCCGACUGGUCCAGCAAGGACAGCGCCACCAUGGACGCCCUUUAUUCCGCCCUGCGCCGAAUCCAGCGGGGAGACAUUGUGGAGAGCUUGUACAGCGAGUCGACCGCCACGUCGCCGGUGUGAAGGGUGGGGCGGGAGAGGCACUCCCCAGCCAGCCCCUCUGCGACCCCACGGAGAUACCAGCUGGCGAGAAGAUGUGAAGGAAAUGGGGUUCCCGCCCGGGCCCCCUGCUAUUUACGAACAAUCCCGUAUGCACUGACCUCUUAUUUUCAGUAUUGUCCCCUUUUUUCUAUCCCCCUUUCCCCGGCAGACUGGCCGAUGCUAAAACAGAAGGGAUAUAGCCAAGGCCACCAGGGGCUGUGGCCUCCCUCAGUCUUGCUGGGACCUAGGAGCGCUUGACGGCUUCGGCACCUCCUGUGUGAGCAAAACAAUCUCUUGUGCACGCCCCGCCCCCCCGAACCCCAACAACACGUCUCCGGUAGCUGCAACGAUGACCGCGUUUGCUCUCGCUCAGGUCUCUCCUCUUUCUUUCUCUGUGUGCUUCGUUCCCCCUCUUCCACUCCCCCUCUGAGGAUCUUCCUCUGUCCCCCACAAUAUCCACCCCCUUCUGUUUGCCCCAGAUCACCAGUUGCUCUCUUUGAAUUGCACCUCCCAAGCCAGGAAGGACGGACCCAGCUGAAUUCAGAGAGAACUGGGUGGAUUUCAGGGCUAACGUUUGAGUGAAGAUGUUAUUAACAGGGAACUGGGAUGGAGGGUGGGGAGCAGAGGGAUAUAAUUAGAAAGAGCUACCCAAGGAUGCCGCAUGGGGAAAAAAGGGCCCCAUCUAUAGAAACACACAUUUGUGCCUCUGCACUGUCCUUGGAAGUGGUGAGGAGGGAGAAGACUGUUUCUAGCAGGCAAAAUCUACACUGUGAAUCAUGAAACAUACAGCGUGCGUGUUGGCGAGAGAUCCACAUGCCUCCAUGACACGCACAUUCCUCAGGCUUGGAAGAGUUUGCCUUGGUCAUUAGCAGCCAAGCUGUCUGACACGUUAAGAAACAAUCUAGUUACCUAAGGAAUAAUGUCGUUUGCCCGUCUUGGGUGCUCAGCGGUCAAUCGCCAGCACCUUCCCAGGUGCUGAUCGCUCCUGGGCAGACAUCACCCUUGUUAGAGCCCCCAAAUUCUAGUGGAGAAUAGCAACCCGCUAACGGUGCCUGGGAAAGCAGAAAACAAUUGCCAUCCGUCAUGCUGCAGGUCAGCCAACAAUCGCCGUGCGGCCAUGGAGAGCUGGAGCAGCUGCUGUCAUCCCAGACCUCUCACAUAUUGUACUGGUGAGACACUAGAAGACAGGCUCUGUGCCCUUCCCCAGACCAGUGAUCCACCCACUGUGGGCUACAACGUAAUCACACUGCUGCUUUAGCAGCCGACGAGCAAGGGGAAAGUGGGGAUGGGCGACGUUAGUGAUGGAGUCGAUUCUAUUCCUAGACCAUGAUCAUUACCAUAGUAUCUGAGCUGGUACGGAUGAGGCUCGAAAGGGUCGGAGGGUGAUUUGGAAAAGCGCCCAGAAGCUCAGCUGUCUUCGCUGUAUUAUCUGAACCGCUCGGUCUCUGCAAAACUGGAAACAUCCCAAGAACAGGCUCCUUUGGGUAUGUUGAGGCUUCCAAGGAAGACCCAGGAGGUAGAGAGGCAGUUGCAGCAACCUUUCUAAAGGAACAGGGGGUCAGGGAGUGUGUUCGAUGGAGUUUUUCCCAGGCUCGGAAAUGGGUUUGGAUGAAAGGGGGUGUUGGGGGAGGGGGUGGAUCUUGCUUCUUCCAAAUCAGCUGGGCCCAAUCGUCAGUUAGAAGUUCCUUCUUUGAAGAAGACACUAGAAAAGCACCAAAUCGUAGGAUUCAGCUGUUUCCCACCCAUUGGAGGAAGCUACCAGUUCCUGGCGCUCCAGAUAUGUAUUCCUAGGAGAGGGGAGUUCUAAUGGAGCCCAGGGUCGCUGGCAGCCAAGUGGUAUGAGUGGCUUAGCCUUGUCCGUAGGGCUCCCUUUCAUAUAAAGCUCCUGAUGGGAAGGGUGACUUGAAAAUGCCUUUCCUUCACCACAAGGGCUCCCACACCUGCCGACAGCCAUCAGGAAGUCAAGGGGACUAUGCAAAGUGCUCUAGCCCUUAAGAGGCUCAGGAGACCUCUCCCAGAACUGCGGCACGUCCUUGCUUUGCAAGCUUUCUCCUCCUUGCCCAAGUGGAAGUUCUACCUCCUGGACCCAUCAGAUUCCUAGUAUGGCUGGUAUGUGACGGGAAAUGACAGCACAGGAAUGAUAAUAAUAUACAGGGCAGUACUGGUGAUCAUACCUCACUCCAGAUUUGAGUGGAUGACUCCUGGACUGCAGCAUUCCAGCAUCCGCAGACCAAUCCACAAUAAAAUUUCUCGGGGGGUGCCCAGCAGCUACAAAUGAAGUGUCCCUGCAAGAGGCCCCAAGGUGGAAGAACCGUCUGUGGAGCAAGGAGGGAGGAAAAUACAGAAUGUGAAUGUGAUUGUAGAACUUGCAUCUGUUGUUAGCAGUCCAACCAGAGAGGAACGGUUACUUACACUUCAGAUCACACCUGGGAGCGUUAGAAGCUGGAGACGGGAGGUCGUUCUUGGGUUGGCUCCUUUUGAGGGACCAAUAACUGGUAGCAAAAGUUUUGAUGACUUCGAAGAUUGUUUCACAGCACUUUGAUCUUCGGAGAGGGCCAGAUUCUCUUUGCUCCCACUGAAUAGCUCCUUGCUUCACCAGGAACCCCCUGAUGAUGAAGACUCCUUGAAUAAGGGGCUAUUCAAACCCAGCUGGCCAGGGAAUGAUUUUCCCAUCCCAUGAAAGUUUUCAAGUUAUUGAAACAUUUUCUCAUCCCAAAUUGAGAGGAAAAGUCUAAAUGGCAAUGUUUUUCGCACAUCAAAAAAUCUGGCAAAAUAAAUUCAGAUCAGGUCAAAAUAUUUCGUUUCAAUAAUUUUGAAGCAUGUUGUUUUAAUUUUGACCAUUUUAAGGGUUUUUUUGGGGGGGUUACUAGAAUUAGCUUAAAUUUUUAAGCAAAAAGCCACUUUGAACAGGAAAACUAUGAUUUUUCAUGUAGAAAAUGUCAAAAUAAAACAUUGAUGAUUUUGGGGGGGGAAACAAAACACCGCCCCCCCCAAAUGUUGGGUAGAAAACUUUUGUCGAAACUGACCCUUUUCUGCAAAAAAAAAGUUUCAAUUUCAAAGAAUCAGCAUUUUCCAAUGGACAAAAAUGUUUCUUUGGAAAAUUCCUGGCCAGCUCUUCUAUCCAAUCCAAGUAAGAAUCCAGCCCCAAAUGUCUUCAGUUCUAGAAUAUUACCCUAGAGGAACGGUUAUUUACUUCUGCCCUCACAACAUAGGAUCAAAUCUCAUUUGAUUGGUGGCUAGUGAAGAAUUGUAGCAGAACUAGGGUGGGGGGAGCCCCUCACCCUUCCUCCUUUUAUACCUCUGGUCUGGCAUCUUCCUCUAGACCUCAAGCCAGCAAGUCCAUGUUGUAUAUCCGACCUGAGUUGCAAAUUCAUUAACAGCCUGACUCUAGCCUCCUUGCUCAGACAGCAUUGCCUUGGAAAGCAGUGGGCGCACUGUUGGAGAAAGGAGUUCAUGUUCGGGGCCUGCAGUAGCUGCGUUUUGGUGAUGGUCAUAAUUUCACAGACGAAAUGAAGUCUAUGGGCCACGUUCAUCUCUGCUCCAAAGGGGCCGAACUUGUCCCUGAAGAGGGAAAUUUGAGAGAUUGAGCUACAUAAGUGAAGGACCCGCUGUUUGCCUCCCAGCUCCACCAGAAAUCUUAUUAUUAACUGAGGAAGAAAUGGGGAAAAAAACCUAAAUGAGACAACUAAGAAUUGUAAAUAAUAUUGUCUUGUUUUACUCACUGCUAAAUGUUUCUAAGUGUGACGUGGAUUACAGUGCUAAAAAGCAGGAGACCUUGGCUUUGUCAUCAAGACUUCUGUUCAACGCUGUCUUAGCAUGGGGUCUAGCUGUUACCCGUUCUUCCACAAAGCUAUGAUAAGUGUUAUAACCAGUGCCAUUCAGCUCCCAUGAACUGACUGGCCUCCCAGCGUCUUCCUGAUGGACGGUGUGAUGGCAAAGAUCCGUUUGCUCAUGGCUCUGCAUUGCAGGUUGAAUUUUAUGUUACCAGCCUUGUAUUUGUUAUAAUAACCUUGAUUCUGGCCUUACAGAGUAAAGAGAGGACAGAAGGAUAUUGACAUACGCACACUUUUUUUUUUUUUAAUGAUGAUGGCAAUGUUGAAAGGCCAUGCGAAACUGACGAAAGCAGAGAUUAGAUCCAGGAUGGAACUUUCAGGCCUUUUUAAAGGGACAGGUUGAAAUUUUCAAACGUACCCAUGGUUAUUAGAUGGCACCCAAAUCCCAUUGAAAGUCAAUAGAAGUUGAGCACUUAACUCCUUUAAGUGCUUUGGAAAAUUUCACCCAUUGUGCUUUAAAAGAUGGGGGUGGGCGGAGGUUGCUAAGAAUUGGGCUUCUAGAACGGGAUUUACAAAAACGCCCGGCUACCUUCAUACCUUUGAUUGAUUUAGGAGUACAAGUCCUAUCAGCUUCCAGUGGGGCUUGAACUUCUAGGUCACUUAAGAUGCUUUGGAAAACCCCACACCCAUGAUGACCAUAUGUAGGCAUGUGAUUAAAUGGCCUGAUUUAGGGUUAAGCACUCAGCAACUGCGGUCAGUGGGGAAAUGAGCACCUCUGAAAAUCAGGCCACUUAACCAGGUGCCAAACUAUGGACUGAGCAGCGGAUCAUUUAGGCCCCCGUUUCUGAAAAAUGUUGCCUGUUUAGAUGUAUGUUUUUUUAAGUUUUAGAAAACUUAAUGUGAGUGGAAAUGUCCCAAAUAUUUUAAGCAAAAAAAUGACAAUGGAAAAAGGAGGGAUUGGAUCAAAACCUUCCUGCUUCGGUGCUGAAAAUGUAAACACAAUGGCCAAGGUUUUCAAAAGUGACUAGUGACUUCAGGUACCCAAGUGAGGACACCUUAAAAGGGGCUGAUUUUCAGAGGGUGGGUGCUCGGCCCUUUCUGAAAAUCAGGCCCCUUUAAGGCGUCCCCAGAUAACAAGCCAUUUGCAAAACUCUUGGCCAGCAGCAUUGAGCUAAUGCAUGAGAAGCAAAAACUGAAACUUACCAGUCUAGGUCAAACUGGGAGAAAUAUGAACAAGCGAUGAAAGACUAGAAACAAUAAAAAAGCAUAUUGGAGUCAGACCGAUUUUAUCUUUAACAAUCUAUAUGGUGUUAUUAGUAACGCAGGCAAGGGAUUUAAAAAAAAAUGUUAAUAGUGACCUUAUUACUCAUUUUUUGUAUGCAGGUACUGAAGCAUCAUCUAAGAGAUCAGGUAUUCUUCACAGAACCCAGUGGUGCUUAGAUAUUGUACAUGAAGCAACAGCUUUAAUUUUUGAGUUGUCUUAUAUAUGUGGAAGGUGAUCAUAGUCGUAACAUACCUGUAUUGUGUUUCAGACAAAAAUGCCCUGCAGAGAACUCUGAAAAGCAAAUGCAGACUCAUGUCUACGUUGUAGAGCGGGCUGAAAUUUUUUGAACUAUUGGUCCCACCAGAAAAUUAGGUUUUCCUCAAAAAUGAAAGUGAUCACAGGAAAAUUUAGUUUUUCAUGAAAUUUUAUUUUCAUUUUCAAGGGAAAGUUCAGAACAAAAAUAUUCAUUUAGCUUCAUUUGAGAUGGCAAUUUUUGUUUCGAUUGUUGAAAAUUUCUACUAGCAUCAAAGGGAACAUUUGUAGUUGAAUCGGAAUGAAAUGAAAAUUCUCAGGGUUUGUUUUAAAAUUUCCUGCAAAACAUUGAAACAAAACUUUAGCUGAAGAUUUUCAACCAGCUCCAAUAUUUUGGGUUAGCUCCAUUUUUUAAUCACAUGGGAAACUUGCAUGAAAACAGGCUUAUAUUGGGGUUUUGGCUGGGAUUUGCCAAGUACACACUGAAAGUCAGUGGAAGACGUCUGCGGUACACCUCUACCCCGAUAUAACGCUGUCCUUGGGAGCCAAACAAUCUUACCGCGUUAUAGGUGAAACCGCAUUAUAUCCAACGUGCUUUGAUCCACCAGAGUGUGCAGCCCCACCCCCCCGGAGCUCUGCUUUACCGCGUUAUAUCCGAAUUCAUGUUAUAUCGGGUCGCGUUAUAUCGGGGUAGAGGUGUACUUAUAUGGUUCCCAUCACUGUGGUAUCUGUGCAGGGAUGGUGUCCCUAGCCUCUGUUUGCUAGAAGCUGGGAAUGGGCGACAGGGGAUGGAUCACCUGAUGAUUCCCUGUUCUGUUCAUUCCCUCUGGGGCACCUGGCAUUGGCCACUGUCAGAAGACAGGACACUGGGCUAGAUGGACCUUUGGUCUGACCCAGUAGGGCCGUUCUUAUGUUCUUAUCUGAUCACCUCCCACUCUUUAAGGCAGGGAAGUGCUAUUAUUCUCACUUUACAGAGACUAAAUGACUUGUGUCAAAUCAGAGAGGAAGUUUAUGGAAGAACAGGGGAAAUAAAUCCAGCUCUCCUGUGCUGCAGGCUAGCACUUCACCAUCCUGCUUCCCCUGCAACCACAUAGACCCCAUGUGCUCUCUCUCUCUCUCUCUCUCUUUCUCUGAGGAGUGAUUUAUAUGGUCUGAUGUCUGAGGAGGACUCUAUGAGUUAAUGUUCUUCCACCUUCUUUUUUAAGAAGUCACUCAGCACCACAAAGCAGUAUUUGAUUAUAUUAUUUGCACUGUGAAUCCUAAAACCAGAGAACAGAACAAAAGCAUCCUCGUUAGUCACAGAUCUCCAAAUAAUCCCCCCUCCCCCCUGUAAAUCCUUAGGCAUCACAUUGUGUUCCGUCCAUGCGGGGUGAAAGGGUUAAUUUAAAGCCAGGCUCUCAGUUACACCCCUACCUGCAAACGCCUGUCCCUUGCUGCAAGAGACUAAAAAAAAAUGGCCCAGAUGUCUGCCAGAAUCCAAAGCAAGUCAGCGAGGGUCAUGUACAGGGGCCAUAUGAGGCUUAAAGCAUGUGCACGGGGCGGCCUGCCUCCGGUGGGAAUAAGGGAGGACUCAGGGGUUAUUUAGGGCACGGUGUGGGAACAAGGAAAGAUCGGGCCGGCUCUGCAAAGCGAGCAGGGAAAGAUGGGGCAGCUAGGGAGCCUGGCAGAAGGGGUGGGGGUGGGGAAUCUCUAAUGGAGGAGGGGAAGAGAGACUGUUAGGUGUAAGGGAUGCCUCCCUGGGCUCCAGAAAGGAUCAGGGAGCAGUGUGGCGUCAGGAAAUGGGGGAGAUGGCGUCUGCGUGAGGGGGGAAGGCUCCGUGCAGCGUGGUGGCUCCAAUGGGCAUGGGAGGACGGGCACUUUGGCAGGGAGGGAUUCAGCCGUGGUAGCCACGGUGGCUCCUGCUUGAGUAGCAGCCUCCAUCUCACCCAGCAUAUAGUCCUCUGCUUGCCGCAUCCCAGUGGGACACAGGGAAAGCGCCAGAGGUCAGAAGCAGGGGGUGGAGGCUCAGCAGAGGAUGAAUUUUUAAGCCCUGAAGAGUCUGCGUUCAUGCAAAUCUCUCUGUAGACAAGGCAGAAAGACCCAUUCCAAGGACGAACCAUUUCCAUCCCACAUCAACUACUGACGGCCUUAGCUGUCAACUAUGCAUGCAAAACCCACCAGUUUGGAGAACUUGUCUCUGAGCCCAGCCGCCCUGACGUAAAUCCCAAUGAAAUCCAACGGAGUUCGUCUGAAUGUGCAAACCCCCUGACAUUGGGAUGCCUCUGGAUUUAUGGCCUGUCUACACACAGAAGUGGCACUGGUUUGAUUACAAUCCAUUUCAAAGCUAUGCUGUUUUCAUGGCUAUAGUGUAAACGUACCUUCAGCUCAGCUUAAAACUGGCUUCCAGUUUUACUUGCGUUGUUAAAUUUACUGGUAAAAAUUAAACCAUUAGAAAUUAGAUUUAAAUGGAUUGACGAGCGGCCACAUUUGGUUUUUGCACAACUUAAACUAAAUCGGUUUAAAGUCGCACUUUCAUUUAACCGGGUGCAAUUCAGUGUGCAGAGCUGGAGCUACUGAGCUCAGAAAUCUCUUUCUUAUCGCCGGAGCAAUAUUGCUAAGCGCUCAGGUCCUAACGGCCAUGUAGGAGAAGCCCCUCGGUGCAUCACCAAAUUCCAUGCUGAAGCGAGAAGCGUUCAGUAUGGAAAGAAGGACUUAGGGACGUCUCACCUUCCUGUGCUGAGACAAACAUAACGAGGAAAAAAUAAGCCAAAGUUAAUGAUCUUGGAGAUUUUUGUUGCUUUUUAUAAUGUUUUGUUGUACAAAGACAGCACGUUCCUCUUGUUAAUACCUGUUAUUAUCCCGGCCCCUCGGGUUUCUCUGUAAGAGGAGAAAUGCCAAUUUAUUAGAAAUUCUUACAAUGAAUAAAUAGUCCUGUAAUUGAACCACACAAUUAGUCCUUUUGCUGUGAUUGGUGUCAGCGGCUCGCAGUGGAGGUUUGGGUGGAUGGCUGACCUGGCCCAGCAUCAAAAGGUUGUGUCUGUGUGUCCGUGAAUGAACCUGUGCUUGUGUGGGCAAUUAUCCGGGUGUAUUGUUCAGCCAUGAAUAAACAGCAUACAGCUCU